AAAUCAGUCUAGUAUUGGGAGAAGAUAAUUCAAAAAUAGAAACGGUAAUGAAAGGAAUCUAUAAAAUAAUUAAUGAUGAUAAAAUUGCUGUUAAAAUAAACCUAGUGGAAGUAAAAAAGGUUUAUACACAUGCUCAGUCAAUUGCUAACUUAAUUGCUGGUCAAUUAAAAAAAUGGAUUCCGGUGAAACAGAUCUUAAAAAAUGUGCUAGCCAAAGUAGAGUUUGAGCGAGAAAUUAAGGGCGGAGGCGUUGAAAUGAAAG